AUGAGGCCUGGAAGUAGCCUGGGGUUUGCUCUUUUCUGCUGGGUUUUUGGGGAGGUGGUUGCUUACAAUCAUUGGGGCUUCAUUAGAGGGGAGGCAGAGCUAUGGAGGUACAGACGGGAUCCUUCCUUGGGGCAGCCCCGGACCUUCUCCCAGCUCUCCCCCUGGGUAUGGGUGGAUGUCUCCCAGCUCCAGGCUGCUGUCCCGCUGCACCCCGUGGCUGUGCAGUGCCAGGAGGCACAGGUGGUGGUCACGGUGCACAGGGACCUCUUCGGUACAGGACGCCUGGUCAGGGCUGCGGAGCUGAGCCUGGGCUCGGCCACCUGCUUGCCUACAGUCUGGAGUGCUGCUGAGAGCACGGUGACCUUUGUAGCUGGGCUGCACGAGUGUGGCAGCACCCUCAGGGUGACCCCUGAUGCUCUGAUCUAUAGCACGAGUUUAAAUUACAACCCAGUCCUUACUGGCAACCCCGUCAUUAUCCGCACCAGCCCUGCUGUGGUUCCUAUUGAGUGCCACUACCCAAGGAGGGACAACGUCAGCAGCCAUGGAGUCAAGCCCACGUGGGCACCGUUCCAGUCCACCAUCUCCUCAGAGGAGAAGCUGCCCUUCUCCCUGCACCUCAUGAAUGAUGACUGGAGUGCCGAGAGAGUUUCCACUGUAUUCCAACUGGGAGAAGUUCUCCACUUCCAAGCUAGUGUCAACACAGAGAACCAUGCACCUCUGAGGCUCUUUGUGGACAAAUGUGUGGCCACCCUGACCCCAGAGAGGAGCUCUUCUCCCCAGUAUGCUUUCAUUGACUUCAGUGGGUGCCUGGUGGAUGGGCAACUGGAUGAUGCCACCUCGACUUUUAUAUCCCCAAGACCCAGCCAGGAUGUGCUCCAGUUUGCAGUAGAUGCAUUCAAGUUUGCAGGAGGCUCCAGCGAUCUGAUUUACAUCACCUGCCACCUGAAGGUCUCCCUGGCUGACCAAGCUCCAGACCCUCUGAACAAAGCUUGCUCCUUCAACAAAGCCAACAACCUCUGGGCCCCUGUGGAAGGCAGCCAGGAUGUCUGCUCCUGCUGUGAGAUGAGGAGCUGUGGCUCAGCCAGGAACUCCAGGAGGCUCCAUGGUCCCUCCCGAUGGCAAGGAGGACGUGCCCGGAGAGAGUUACCCUCCCAGCCUGAUCCCUUGGUGAAAGAAGCAGAUGUGGUGGUUGGACCUCUCUACAUCCACAGCUGGCAGGAUCACCCAGGCAGGAGGAUGCCUUCAGGAGAUGCAGGUCACUUGUGGAUGGUGUUGGGGCUGGCUGCAGUUGCUGGUUUGGUGAUCCUGAUUCUUGUUCUUCUGGGGGCUCUGACUGUCUGCCGGAAACACAGCAAUCCUGUUUAA